AUGUCGAAAACAAAAAUAAACUUGGCAGCGAGUGCUGAAUCAAAUUUAAUUGCAGUGAAAUCAAAGUUUGAUGCCGAAUUUCGACGCUUCAGUUUUAAACGACAUGAAGAACUACAAACAUUUGAAGACUUUUCUGCCUUAAUUGAACAACAACAUAGACUUACAAAUAUACCAUUCAUAAUCUUAUAUAGUGAUCCUAUUGAUAAUGAUCUAUUGCCUAUAAAUAACGAUGACAAUUACUUAAGAGCCUUAAAAACAGCAAAACCUUUGCUACGUAUCAUUGUGCAAAGAAAAACGGAUAAUGCUGAAUAUUCUGGAUAUGGUACUAUGAAACCACGUAACAACAUUAUAAGCAGCAUUUUAGGUCAAACACCAGUAAAAACGAGAGCACCCACUAUUUCAGUACCACAUGAUUUUCGUCAAGUUUCUGCUAUUAUUGAUGUAGAUAUUGUACCGGAAACACAUCGUAGAGUACGAUUAUUAAAACAUGGAAGUGAUAAGCCUUUAGGAUUUUACAUAAGAGAUGGCACUUCAGUACGUGUUACUGCAAAUGGAUUGGAAAAACAACCAGGUAUAUUUAUAUCUCGUUUAGUACCCGGUGGUUUGGCUGAAAGCACGGGCUUGCUAGCUGUUAACGAUGAAGUCAUAGAAGUAAAUGGCAUUGAAGUAGCUGGUAAAACCUUAGAUCAGGUAACUGAUAUGAUGGUAGCGAAUAGUUCCAAUUUAAUUAUAACAGUUAAACCGGCCAAUCAACGUAAUUUAACUUCACCGCGUCGUGGUUCUUUUUCACGUACAAGUCAAUUAUCGAGUGGCUCACACCACACCAAUCAUACAAAUACAUCCGAUGAAGUCGAACAAGAUGAUCAGGAUGAAAUAGUUGAUUUAACCGGUGUCACACUUGAUGAUCAUACAACACAUCCACAUCACCAACAAACUUCAUCGAUUGCAUCUACAGUAGUAGCAACGGAAACCAAAGAUGGUGUACUACAUUUAUAAAUGGCGUUUGUUAGUGAGAUGGCGAAUGCGCAAGAUAAAUUAAAACGCAAAGUUAAAAACACUUAACAUUUUUACUUAAAACACUUUACUUAAAACGAAAUGAUUAACAAUAACUAAAAGUAAUUAUCAUAAUUAUAUUUUUAAUAUUUAAAGAAUUUAACUGUUAAAAUUUAUAAACAUAUACAAUUAAAAUUUUUAAUGCAAUUAUACAACAGC